AAUAGCAGUAUGGAUUCCACUACAUGUCCUAAUCGUGUCAUCCUGUGGGCAAUUCCAAGAUCCCUAUCCACAGCAUUUGUUAGGUGUAUGGAAAGGGUUCCAAACACGAAGAUCAUUUUUGAACCAUACUCUAGUGCAGAUCAUUUUGGUCCUGAAGGUCGAUUGCGGGCUAUUGAUGAAUUACCACCAGAACCAGAAUGGACCUUUCAGGCAGUUAAGGAUCAUUUAGAAGAAGAUCAUAGCGACUCCGAUCUUGUGUUUGUUAAGGAUAUGGCUUAUGCGGUCGAUGAUAAAUACGAAAUGAUUGCUUCGGGAUAUCAGCAUACGUUCAUCAUUCGCCAUCCUGCUAAAAUGUUUGUCUCGUAUUACAAAAGUAUAUGUGAUGGCAAUUCGAAUGAUGAAGAAGAUAUCGACGAAAUCUUCGAUAAGUGGUUGCCUAGUGGGCUUUGUUACCGGGAGCUGUUCGAUCUCUACGAACACAUUAUCAAGUCCGGGUCGUCAGAGCCCUUAAUCAUUGACGCGGAUGAUCUUAUAGAAGAUCCCGAAUCAAUCAUGAGUUUAUAUUGUAGGGGCGUAGGGGUUGGUUUUUCGGACUCUAUCUUGAAAUGGGGGGUUGGGACAAUAGAUAAGUGGUCGGUUUCCCAGGUAUUAUGGGAUGUAGCACCAAGCUACAAAUGGUUCGAUAAUAGCAUGAAAGCAGGGGGGUUCCAGAAGGGGGUAAGUAAACCGAUACCUAAUUUUUCGGAUUUGCCCAAUAAAAUUGUCGAUUGUAUUGAAGCCUCAAUGCCCUUUUACGAGAGCUUGUAUAGGCAGCGAAUACAAUCACCGGGAACAAACGAGUAAGCUCUG